UCUGUGAGGUUGCUGCUCAUCCCCAGCUGUCGCCCUGGUGGUCCCCGGACACACACAGAGACCAUGGGAACCCUCGAGGGACACCUGCUCCCAGGGUCAUUCUUCCUCUUCUACUCACUCUACUACUCGGUGCUGACAUCCUUGGCCCUGCUACGGGGACAGAGAUUCCUCAGACCCCCUCUGCCCCCAAGGGAGAAGCGAGGGCACAGGUGGUGGCAGCUGUUCCCUGUGGAAGGAGUGGUGAAGAUAGUCAUCAGCCUGAUAGGCAUCUUCCCCGAGUUCUUCUACCCUCUCGGAGUAAGCCGGCUGAGGAUGGUGGACUGGGAGGACCCGCGGCGGCCGUUCAUGUUCAAGGACAACUGGCAGCACGUCACCAUGUACGGGUUCUUCCUGCUCAGCGGCGUGGUGGACAUCGUGAGCCAGGCGUGCCAGGCGCGGCAGAACAUGAAGCUGGAGCGGGCGGCCGAGGCCCUGGCCUUCUUUGUGCUGGUGCUGAUGAUGGGGUCCCACAUUGAGAACAAGGGUACGCUGGAGAUCCGCGUGCACGUCCUGUUCAUGGUGCCCACCUUCCUGGUCAGCCUGGUGCUCACCAUCGAGGUCUGGGUCCCUGACCAGCCCCAACUCUGGGUGCUCAAGACCUGGAUGGGUCUGGUGCUCAGCAACUGGAUGCUGCACUUCAGCGUGCUGCUGUACGUGCCUCCCUCCGGGCAGCCCUGGCGGGCAGAGAACCCCGUGGACCUCGCCUUCCUUACCAUCUUCUUCUGCUGGCACCUGGGCUUAGCAGCUGCCAUGCUAGCUGCUGUCUAUGGCCUCUGCAGCCUCUGGCACCAUCGCUUCUCCUCCUGGAGAGAGGCCUCAGGCAACAAGUAUGAGCUGUGCCCCACGGGUGAGGGCAGCCCAGAGCUUGAGAGGCUCACUGCGGGGGGCCCACUGCAGGACAGGGGCAUCUAG